GGGAGGAGUCAGGGAUACAAGUGGCGGAUUCAAACGGAAGAUGGCAGCGGAUAAAGAUUCCAAUAAAAAUACACAAAACAGAAGGGGUACGGUGUGUAACGUGGUGAUCAGCCAGGAUGCAGGGGGAUCUUGUGGUGGCAGUGGGGUUGGUGGCCGCCCGCCCGUCAUCUUCAACCCAGACUUCUUUGUGGAGAAGCUACGUCACGAGAGAUCUGAGGUGUUUCAAGAGCUGGUGCUUAGCAACAUCAGCCGCCUCAUCGACCUUCCCGGUGCUGAGUUCUCUCUGCUGUUAGGGGACGAGGGAGGGCCCAAGACACCCACAGGGGCCGGAGGGGGAUUCUUCCGCUCCUUCAACUUCCUCAAACGUAGAGAUAAGGAAGUGGUGUUCGGGACUCCUCUGACAGAGGGAGGCAUCGCCCAGAUUUACCAGCUCAUCGAAUACCUCAGCAAGAACCUGCAGGUAGAGGGUCUGUUCAGGGUGCCAGGUAACAGUGUGCGGCAGCAGGCCCUGAAGGAGCAGCUGAACAGUGGCGCAGACAUCGACCUGGAGGCAGGGGGCUUCCACCCCAACGACGUGGCCACCCUCCUCAAGACCUUCCUGGGAGAGCUACCUGAACCCCUCCUCACGCACCAACACUUCCAUGCUCACCUCAAAAUAGCAGACAUGACUCUGUUUGAUGAAAAAGGCAACAAGACGUCAGUACCUGAUAAGGAGCGUCAGAUUGAGGCCUUACAGCUCCUCUUCCUGCUGCUGCCCCAGGCCAACCGCAGCCUCCUCAAACUGAUCCUGGACCUGCUCUACCACACCGCCAAGCAGCAGGACAAGAACAAAAUGUCCGCCUUCAACCUCGCCCUCAUGUUUGCCCCCCACGUCGUGUGGCCCAGAGAUAUGGUGGCCAGUGACCUCCAGGAGAAUCUGAAGAAGCUUAACAACGGCAUGGCCUUCCUCAUCAAACACUCCCAGAAACUAUUCAGGGCUCCUAUGUACAUGAGGGAGCAUGCCAGAAUGCACUUCACAGGAUCUAAGACCCUGCAGACCAAGGAUGAUAUCGACCUGUUAUCUGUGACUGGUUUCCCUGCCCCUGUUCCCUGGAAGAGGUGUUGUGCUGACCCGUCUCAGUACCUGUCCCCCUCCUCGCCGUCCCAGGGCCUGCAGCACCACACAGAGGAGUCCCUGAAGGAGCUGUUCAGACACGUCCAUGACAACAUGCCCAACUCUGCCAAGAAGAAGAAACUCCUCCGACAGCUUGCUCAACAGACCACCCCCGGCCUGGCCCCGGGGACACCCAUCAACAACUAUCAGCCCCCCCCGGCCCAGAGCAAGAAACACCCCCGCUCCCGCUCCUUCGGUGGAUUCAUCAAGAGGAGACAUAAGGGCGACCAACAGGCGUUGGAGAGGCGGGGCAGACAGAUCUCCCCGGAGAUGGUUGCUGCGGCGAUGGGACGGCUGGGAAAGGAGAACGUUGUCCUGCAGUCGGGGAACAGUCCGGUGACAGUGGAUAAUAGUACUCCAGUCGGGGUCAAGGCCUCUGACAGCAUGGCCCUCAAUAGAGAGAGGGGACUCAAACUAUCAAAGAACUCUCCAUCCAUCUCCAGAAUGUGUUUCUCUCCCUCCCUAGAAACGUCGAUGUAGAGGAUUGGUACUAGCAACACUGGACUUGUUUUUUUUUGGUCCUUUUUUUUCUUCUUUUAUCAAGUAAACUAUAUUGUAACUUUCUAAAUCUGUGACGAAUACAACAUUAGGUUGCAUCCCAAUAAUCUCUUCUUUCUCCUGAAGUGUGUACUUGUUCACUUCCCUCAAUGUGUUUGAAAGGAAAUGACUGUAAUACCUAUAUGGAAACUCCUUCUAGCCCAGGCCUACACAAUCCAAGACUUUUACAUUGUGUGGGGAGUAGUGAAUGAGUGCACACUUCAGGGGGAGAGAUUAUUGGGACGUAACCCAGGAAAGUACAAGACCAACUCUGUUAAGUGUGGAGGCAGGGACAGAAGGGAGCUUUCUUUGGUCUGUUUGGGGUCUGAGUGCCACUCAUAACUUGAAACAGUUUUGUUAGACACUUUUACUGUUGACCGCUAGCUGAGCCGACAUAGAUACUUUUACAGUUGACCACUAGCUGAGCCUACAUAGAUACUUCUACAGUUGACCACUAGCUGAGCCUACAUAGAUACUUCUACAGUUGACCACUAGCUGAGCCUACAUAGAUACUUUUACAGUUGACCGCUAGCUGAGCCUACAUAGAUACUUUUACAGUUGACCGCUAGCUGAGCCUACAUAGAUACUUUUACAGUUGACCGCUAGCUGAGCCUACAUAGAUACUUUUACAGUUGACCGCUAGCUGAGCCUACAUAGAUACUUUUACAGUUGACCGCUAGCUGAGCCGACAUAGAUACUUUUACCGUUGACCGCCAGCUGAGCCUACAUAGAUACUUUUACAUUUGACCGCCAGCUGAGCCUACAUAGAUACUUUUACAUUUGACCGCCAGCUGAGCCUACAUAGAUACUUUUACAUUUGACCGCUAGCUGAGCCUACAUAGAUACUUUUACAUUUGACCACUAGCUGAGCCUACAUAGAUACUUUUACAUUUGACCACUAGCUGAGCCUACAUAGAUACUUUUACCGUUGACCACUAGCUGAGCCUACAUAGAUACUUUUACCGUUGACCGCCAGCUGAGCCUACAUAGAUACUUUUACCGUUGACCGCUAGCUAGCUGAGCCUACAUGAAUACUUUUACCGUUGACCGCUAGCUGAGCCUACAUUAAUACUUUUACCGUUGACCGCUAGCUAGCUGAGCCUAUAUUAAUACUUUUACCAUUGACCGCUAGCUAGCUGAGCCUAUAUUGUACUAUAUGUAAGUAUCUUGUUUGUGUUUUCUGAAUCUGGUGUUUGUACUACUCAUCUGAAAAUGUGGUUCUAAUUUUACUAAUAUUUUAAGUCCCAAAUGGUUGCCCUACACACACAGCACACUGAUGGGAUGAUUAUAUCCUCCUACAAAAGGCUGAUUUGCACCAGUCACAUUCGUCUGGGGCCUGUUCCAAAAAGCGUGAUCAAUGAGUUAGCCAGCAAACUGACCCAAAUUGCUUGAAAUGGUUUGAAAUGACUCAACAGCAACAACAACAGAAACAACUAUUAUACAAAUGUAGAUUAUUUUAAUCAACCAGGAAAUCAAGAGAUAUGAGGCAAAGGCUGUUAAUCAAAGUUAUCUGGCUGAUGUAUUAACCCUGCUUUCUGGAAUACCCCACAGCUCUUAUGGUGUCUAAAGGCCCGUGGGUUUACUGAUACUGUCUGUUAGCUCAAAUGACGCCCCCGUUCCCUAUAUAGUGGACUAUUGGCCAAAAGUAGUGCACUACACUUUAUAGUAGUGCAUGUGGUGGUGUUGGAGAAACACUGGCUCUGGGUUUUCUUGAAUCUAUAUCAUACAAAUACAGGUCGAUACAUAUUGGAUGAUGAUGAACAAAUACGAGCUGAACAAACCAACCUUUCUGUAAUGGUAUUCGUGUUUGGGAGAGAUGUAGGUAGGGCUUCAUUUUGGGACGACUAUUUAUUUUUAUUGUCUGAGAUUUGUGUAUUAACUGAUUGAACUCCUCAAUGUGUACAAUGUCAUAUUUCACCUGCCUGGUUUGGCCUUUUGAGGUUUGAUAGUACAAUGAUGUGAUUAUAAUUGUAUUUUUUUAACUGGAAUGGGUUUUGGGUGGAUAUUGGUUGGGGCGCUAACGUUGUUGAAAGAUUUUCUGGAAGUCUGAGAUGGUUUUUGCUUUGUUGGAGAGGGACAUUUGUAGUGACGGUGUCGAUAGAGUACCUUCAGUGUUGCCCAGUCUGAUACAAGUCUUCUUUAUUGAGCAUGGAUUGGGACAUUUUGUUCUGGGUCAUGUUCACUGGGCACCAAAUAGAACAAGACGGAUUCAAACUGGGAGGGACUUCCUGGACUUUGUCCAAUAAGGAACCCUUAUUUUCACUUUCCGUUGCAGAAUGUUUUGAAAGGUUUUUGUAGUGUACCCGAAUGAACAUGAGGUUGGUUUUAAUGGGGCUGUUUGACGUGUUGAUGGGGAUGUGUGAGAAGGGGUUUGUGGUCAGUUUUAGAGAUGGCUGUGGUUUUUCUACACAUGAAAUGAAAGACACUAGAAGCUUGUGCUAAGGUUAUCAAGAUGGAUUUGUUUUUUUUACUCUUGUUAUUUUAUCUGUGUUGGUCAAGUAGCCUACCUAUUUUAAAUGUUAUUUUGUCCCUGCUUUUCUCUCUGUUACCUGAAGGUUUUCAGACAAUCAAGGCCCAACACAUUUUUUACGUGUCAUUUUGCAAAGCUGAAGGGUCAUCUGGCCAUUAGUGGUUGAUACACACUGGGUCUUGCUGGAAACCGUUUUGCUAAUGUGCAGUCAUCUUUAUGAUGUGAGUCAGUUCUAGAUUACAUGAUACAACAUGUGGGCAUUAUCUUUUAAUCUCCCUUAUUAUGUUUGUGUUAUGUGUGUGUGUUGAAAGUCUUUGGUUUUGUCAGCCAAUGUUGACCAUGGUCUUAAAUGUUGGCACAUCAACUGUACAGUACUGCUUGUUUAUUUUUGUUCAUUUUCAUUCUGCCCUGUUGUCUGUGUCCCAAAUGGAACCCUAUUCACUAUAUAGUGCACUACUUUAGAACAGGGCCCUAUUCACUAUAUAGUGCACUACUUUAGAACAGGGCCCUAUUCACUAUAUAGUGCACUACUUUAGACCAGGGCCCUAUUCCCUAUAUAGUGCACUACUUUGGAGCAGAGCUCUGUGCCCUGGUCAGAAGUAGUGCACUACAUAGGGUGCAAUUUGAGACGCAGGCAUGGAGUUACAUGAAUGUCUACUAAAAUAAACAUAGUAUACUGUAAUCUCACAUUGCUGCCUAGAUUUCCUACCAUGCAUCUUCCUCUGUUCAUAUAAACCUGUUACCAGUCAGUGCCUUUUAAUGGAAGGACAUUCUACCUUCACCUGUUUUUGUUGUGUAAAAUAAGAUGUUUGUUUUUAUUAUUCUGUCAAAUAGAUGCAUUGAUUUACUACUGGUGCUAUGGAUUAAAACUAUUUUUCUACA